AUGUCCGCCAAAAAGCCACCACCGAGUGCGAAGCAGCCACCACACUCGGCCAGCGACAGGGCGAUCACAGCAUCAUCCGUUCGACCUAUCAACCGAGCUCGACGAGAAACAGCAUCGCAGAUGCAAGGCCGGCACUCUAGGAAUAGUGCUGGACUGCGAUCAGCGUCUAUGGUAGCGGAUCAAAUAGCCCACGACGCGGAACCUCGCCCGUAUGAUACAUAUAUCUUGAAUAAGUUCGCCGGUCAACCUCCUUCCCUGAUCAUCCAUCUACACCCCACCCAUUUUCGAUUCGAUAACCAGGAUGGCAUGUUCUCAUACAAGUCGCCUAUGAAAAUCUUCCUCGAGCAUGUCAAAGCCCGGACCGUCCCACAUGACCUUCUACCAUACUUGAAUGAGGGUGGUGUGUCGUUCUAUGAUGGAUGCCUCAUUGUCCAAAUUCACGAUCACAAGUCGCUUGCCGAAGCCAAGGAUGUUGCCAAACCAAAAUCUGCAAAGGGAUCUGCGGUGUUAUCAUCCAUUCACAACUACAAUCAAUGGCUUACACCGUCCCCCAAUGUUCCUUUUCCUCAGGAGAACUCGUCCACUGUAGAUGGGAAGGCAAAGGUGGGUAACACGGUAGAAAAGGAACACUCCCCCAUGCCGCCCCCUGAGGAUCAAAAAGAGAAGUCCAAAAAGCCGCUUGUGUUUACUGUAGUUCUCCAUCAAACACCGGAGAGUUUACAUAUGGAUUUAUUGAUCAAAGCCUCGACCCCUCAAGGAACGAGUGACAUGUCAGGCCAGCCUCCUUCAACGCCCAUGUCUCUAAUUCCCCCAACACCGACUGCUGCCAACAUGCCACCACCGGCGAAGCGUCAGAAGCGCGAAAAGACAGAACUCGACGGUAGCAAUAUUCACGAGGCAGAAGGUCAAAUUCUGUUGGCCACAAACGCCCCUUUAGUACUUUCCCCUACAAGGACAAUAGAAGAAAACAUCAUUCUGCUCGAAGCAAUGAGUCACCCCAAGCACUCACAGCCUCCUCCACAGCCCAAGACACGCAAGCGAACUCGUGCCGAGAUGGCUGCAGACGAGGCUCAGGCCGCAGAUACAGAACGAUUCAUGCUUGUUGCGGACCCGCGUGCAGCAUCUAGUGCAAAUGGGGCCCAGAAUGGUGGUACAGCAGAUGUGGAUGCUUCAACUGGUGCAUCCACAUUCGAGCCAAGAUUUGAGCGGUUCAAGGUUAUCGACGAGAUUAUAGCGAAGCACACCGAAAGAAAGGAACAAGAGAAGGCCAAGCAGCAAGAGGCGGAUAGGAAGCUGCAGCAACAGAGAGCACAAGUGCAGCAAGAGGCUUCUCAGAGCGCCCUGAAGAUGGCCCAGGAGGAUCGAAAUCGCAACGAGGCAGCAGCAGCAGCAGCGAGAGAGAAAUCGAUGCGACAGGCUGAACAACAACGGCAGGCUCAAGCACAAGCACAAGCACAGGCCCAAGCGCAACAAGCUCAACAAUGCCAUCACCAAUGGGGCCAAUAG